AUGAUCGUCAGCGGAGUUCUCCAGACAGCAUCGAUGGACACGACUGCAUUGAUGCAAAAAUCUCCAGACAUGACCACGUGUGAUGUGGUGACUUCCGCCAUCUCUGUUGCUUCAAGGGAAGGACGUUUAACUUAUGGUUUAAAUGACUGUGUCACUGCCCUGCGAAGCAGUCCAAAUGAUGUUGUGGCUUGUAUACUGCCUGUCAGCUCAUCAAGCAAUGAUGUCAAUAGAAACAUUCAGGCACUUCUCAUCGAAUCGAUCUGCUUGGAAUACGAUAUCCUCAUCUUGAAGGUAUGUACAGAUGUUUGUUUAUUGAUUACAAGCUCCACAGACGGUAUGAGCUGCACUGACAUGAAGCUACUUGACUUGUAUCAGGAUGUUUGGAACGACCAUCAAGUUUUCCCAGAAUGA